UCGUGACCUGUCGUGACGCAAGCAAGCUGCCAAAACAAGAGGAAGCUAUCAACAACUUUAUAGAGCUCAUUGCUGUAGCGGUGUGUUUGCUGUACUGAAGUGUAACAUGGCGGCGUUUACAUUCCUUUAGCUUAAUUUCAGGACAAAUUAUUUUAAUCUCCAGAAAAUGAGAGACGGGCGGCGGUUUGGCGUGGAAUUUGUUGCACCAUGAGAAGGAAACUGGAAGACUCCCGUUCAGCUGCCAAUCAAAGCUCACAGCUGGCUUCACAUCACACGAGCUGAUCUCUAAUCGAGUGCAGUGAUUGGUUAAUAUUUUCCCACCGCUCCCUCCCUCCCUCUCUCUCUCUCUCUCUCUCUCUCUCUCUCUCUCUCUCUCUCUCUCUCUCUGUGACGAUGUCGGGGGCGGACCUGCUGUCCCGCGUGAGCUCGGUGUUCCGCAGGGACCGAGCGGACUGGGACCUGAGCGACUCGGCCGCCUUCGAUUUCUCUGAAGACCUGGCCGAGGACGAGAUGCCCAGGUUCAACAAGCUGAAGGUGGUGGUGUCGGCCGAGAUGGACGAGUACACGGGGUCGUCUCCGAACGGCGCCGCCGUCAGCACCUUCAUCAGGGGCGGCGAGGACGACGACGACGACUCGCUGCUCGGCUCCACCUCCGGGCUGGGGGCGGAGCCGUGCGAUAACUGCGCUAAGAGGAAGGAGGACGUCAAACGACGCAAAGUGAUGAAGAAGCUGGUGAUCGCGGCUGUGCUUUAUUUCCUGUUCAUGAUCGGAGAACUCGUAGGUGGCUACAUCGCGAACAGUUUAGCUAUCAUGACUGACGCUCUGCACAUGCUGACUGAUCUGGUUGGGAUCGUGGUGUCCUUACUGGCUCUGUGGCUCUCGGCCAAACCACCGACACACACCUUCAACUUCGGCCUGCACAGACUCGAGGUGAUGUCUGCAGGAAUCAGUGUGUUGUUGAUCUACAUCCUGACUGGUGUGCUGCUGAAUGAAGCGGUGCAGAGAACACUCCAUCCCGACUUCACCAUCGACGGAGACGUCAUGCUCAUCACCGCCGCCGUGGGCGUGGCCGUCAACCUCAUAAUGGGAUUUCUCCUCAACCAGUCAGGUCACCUCCACUCCCACGCUCAUUCUCACUCCCACUCUGCUGGCCACGCCCAUUCUCAGAGGAGGGGUCAGGGACGGGGGCGGAGUCAGCACUCUCACGGCAGCUUAGCGGUUCGAGCGGCGUUUAUUCACGCGCUGGGUGACCUGGUGCAGAGCGUCGGGGUUCUCAUCGCCGCGUACAUCGUCAGGUUUAAGCCGGAGUAUAAGCUGGCUGAUCCUGUGUGUACGUACAUAUUUUCCGUGUUGGUGCUGGUCACCACGGUGCGCAUCAUCAGAGACACCGGCCUCAUCCUACUGGAGGGCGUUCCCAGACACCUGAAUGCGAGUGUGAUGAGGGAAGAUCUGCUAAAGCUGGACGGUGUGGAGGCGGUGGAGGAUCUGAAGCUCUGGGCUUUAACCGCUGAUCGCACCGUGGCUCUCGCACACCUUCAGCUUGCGCCAGGCAGCGUGGGUAACUGGGAGGAAGUGCAGUCUAAAGCUCGUCACCUGUUGAUGAUGUCACACGGCGUGUCACACUGCACGGUGCAGCUGCAGAGCCACACACACCGAGGCACACACUCCUGCUCCAACUGUGUGUUAACCAGUGCCUGAACACACACACACACACACAAACACACACACACACACACCGGGGCAUCUCCUUCCUGAACAGGUUGCUAUGCAACAGCGAAAAGCGCCAAAGCCGGAGCGGAGUGUGUUUUCACUUUUAGUGAAUCGAUCAGGAGGCUAUUUUCAUUCGCUACACUGUUUUAUUAUUAUUUUCUUCUUUUCACCUUUCUCAGAUGCUCUCACACACACACACACACACACACACACACAAAUCUCUGCUAAAUAAAUCCUAACUCCACUGCUAGCCUGAACACUGACAUUUUAUUUACAUUCAUUUCAUAAAAACACUCCACAUUUUCUUUAUCUUUAGUCUGGAUUAAGUUAUCCUGAGUCAGUGUUAAAUCCUGGAUUAAGUCACACUAAAUCAGUGCUAAAUCCUGGAUUAAGUUAUCGUGAGUCAGUGCUAAAUCCUGGAUUAAGUUAUCGUGAGUCAGUGCUAAAUCCUGGAUUAAGUUAUCGUGAGUCAGUGCUAAAUCCUGGAUUAAUUUAUCCUGAGACAGUGCUAAAUCCUGGAUUAAGUUAUUCUGAGUCAGUGCUAAAUCCUGGAUUAAGUUAUUCUGAGUCAGUGCUAAAUCCUGGAUUAAGUUAUUCUGAGUCAGUGCUAAAUCCUGGAUUAAGUUAUCGUGAGUCAGUGCUAAAUCCUGGAUUAAGUUAUCGUGAGUCAGUGCUAAAUCCUGGAUUAAUUUAUCCUGAGACAGUGCUAAAUCCUGGAUUAAGUUAUCCUGAGACAGUGCUAAAUCCUGGAUUAAGUUAUCGUGAGUCAGUGCUAAAUCCUGGAUUAAGUUAUCGUGAGUCAGUGCUAAAUCCUGGAUUAAGUUAUCGUGAGUCAGUGCUAAAUCCUGGAUUAAGUUAUCCUGAGACAGUGCUAAAUCCUGGAUUAGGGCUUAAGCAGUUUAUCAUAUCUGUUGCACGUCUUUAACUCGUAACUAAUCUGACUAGGAUUCGGUUAAAAUGACUUUUAAUUUAAUUUAAAAAUCUUUGUUUACCUCAACCGUUUAAGCUUCAGAUUUGGGUUCUAAUUAAUUUGAGUUGAUUAAAAACACAUUUAUUCUAGCACAGAUGGAUUUUUUUCUUCUUUGCACUAACACUCUGAUUAAACUCGUUUGCUAAUUAUUAAAUUGUCGGAUGAGGGGAAAAAACUCAAACUGAUCCACAAGUGCAGUAAGAUUUAUAAAUUCCUUUCCAUCCUGAACCUUUAAUUGAUGAGCGAUCUCAGACGAUGCACUGUUGAAGACGUUGUUCUGUGUUUAUACUGUAUGUUUACCACAAUCUCGGUUUCUUUUUUAAUUUUUUUUAUUUUUAUUUUUUUAAUUACACCUGACGUGUUGCUAAAUAGUUUUGUUGGAACGUUACAGGAAAUGAAAUCUUUUAGAAACCGGAGCAUUAAGAGGCUGCAGCGUGCCUUUACAGUAAACAGUCCUGUACACCAUCGUGGUCUAAAAGCCUUU